AUGGAGGCCGGGGAUCAUGAUCCCGGCCGCGGCGAGUCUCACAAGGAUCUGCCUCGCGUCCCCAAUGUCGAGUCGAGCGCCGACAUCGGCAUGCCUCACGCAGCGGGGAGAGCGCCUUCGAACACCAAGGAAGUGACAAGCGCGUCCAACAGUGGCGCUUCAUCAUCCGCAAGGCCUGCAGCGCUCGAGCAGUCCAAAUCAUCGUCAGCGCAGAGCAGCGAAGAGCCCAAUUCAGCGAAAGAGUUUGGUCGGCAUGAGCGCACGCCCUCGACCGCUCAGCAGACCUCGGAGACAGGUUCACCCUCUGAGACGGGCUCACUGCUCGCACGUGGCUUCUCAGAUCUACAGGCCGUCGCUGGGCCUUCUACUGAGGGAAGUAGCGAGAGCCUGCCUCCGCAGCCAUCUCUGGAUCAGGAAGCAUACGCAGCGCAUCAGCGGACGCUGCAGAAUCGCAAGGCUCAGAAAGAAUUCAGGCAGCGUAGAGCUCAGUACCUGCGUACGUUGGAGGAGAAAGUCAGGCGGUACGAAGAUGGCGAGUCGGACGCAAUCGCACGGCUCCGGCAUGGCAUGCGAAUGCUGCAAGACGAGAACGUCUAUCUCCGCGGCGUAGUUCAUCGUAUGCAAGCGCCGAGUGAACCUCAGCAUAUGUCGAUACCGCUGCAAGGCCCAGCAUCGGCGCCACCACCCGGCGUUCCUGCGAUGACACACAGCCAAUAUCAAGCGCAUUCCUCUCUUUUAGCUUAUGCACGACCGGGCGGCCAGAUGGCAUCAUAUAUACCAUCUACACAGUCGCUCAACAUCCCUUCCACGCAGCCUCCGUCACAACCGUACGAAGGCGGACCAGAUCGGAGGCAUGCGCACAGUCGGCACGCGCCCGCCGCGCAGCGCACAUCGAGGACGCCUUCGCCAGCUGCUGCGAUGCCUGCGCAGCUGUUGCCGCGCUGGGCAGCCACAUCAGCUGCCUACGGACCACGACAAGCUUCUCGUUCAGACGUCCCUCUAGAUCCCCAGCAUGCAGCACCGAUGGCGCAGCAUCCUCGCUCCGCCACACAACACCCAGACGCAUCUUGGCAGGCUGUCAAUCCGAGCGGCUUUGCCGCAUACCCCUUAAAUAUGCCCUCGCAGCAGCAAUACAUCCAGCAACAGCAAUCUAUGAUACACCGCCAGCAGAUGAUACCCGAGCAUUUCGUGCAACCUCACACGUCAACAAAUAGCUAUAGUCAGCCUGCAGGUCAGAUGCCCGCACCGGUGCAAAUCGCGAAUCCGCCUGUAACGCAGCAGACACUCCAUCGCGCCCAGCAAGAAAUGAACAGACUCCAAGAACCUCAGCAAGAGGUACGUUCGCUUCAUGAUGCAGCACAACAUACCCAAUUCACUCACGAUACCAUACCCUCACCCAUGCACCCUGCAUUGCCUCCUGGCAAAGCGUCAGCUCCUUAG